UGCAGAAACCAGGACGGGUGCGCGCUCGAGCCUGCAACAGCGCCGCCGCGCGCGGCUCGACGCGAAAAGCCGUUUGAGACGAAGCCCGCCCUGCCGGUCACUGCGCAUGCGUGAAGCCUGGACCGCGGCUGGAAAUCUCAGAUUGUUUUAAAAUAUAAACAAAACGACUACAGCGACACCGUGCGGCUCGGUUCAUGCCACUACAGCCGCGUCGUUAAGUGUUCGAAUGGCUUCGAAUCGAACAAGGCUAAUUAGCGACUUUUUUUUACAAGAUUAACUGAACCUCCAGGGACUGCAUAAAAAUGACUGAACUUAGUAACUUGUAUGCAUGUUUCAAAUACUUGAUGAUGUUCUUCUCUGGAGUCAUUUUUAUUGCUGGCGGUGUGUUGUUAGGACUAGGCCUCUGGAUUAAAUAUGGAGCAGGCUCCUUUAUACAAGCUAUAGGGUCUUUCUCAACACAGUUUAUCAAUAUUGGGUACAUCUGUAUCGGUGUUGGAUCUGUGCUUGUAGUCAUUGGUCUUAUUGGGUGUUGUGGAGCAUGGAAAGAGAACCAAUGCCUUCUUCUGCUAUUCUUUUGCAUCGUUUCAAUUAUAUACAUUGCUGAGGUUGUUGGAGCUGUGCUCAUCUUCAUCUAUAAGGAUAUAGUGGAGUCUGUUGUGCGUAACACCAGCCGGGUGUCCUUAAUACAUGCCUAUGCUGGUCCUGUCGCAACAGACACAAUAUCCCAAGCAUGGAACCUCAUUAUGUUAAAGUAUCAUUGUUGUGGGUUUGAUAACUAUACAGAUUUCACUGGAUCCCAGUUCAGUAACUCCACAGGGCUGUCUUACCCCAAGACCUGCUGUGUGAACCUAAAAGAACCGGCAUGUGAUGGAAAAAAUACUGCAAAUACUAUCAUUCAUGAAAAGGGUUGUUUCCGAACGAUGAUUUCAGUGAUUCAGCAACAAAGCACGAUUAUUGGUUCAACGGCAGCUGGAAUUUGCGUACUAGAGGUGGGGACUAUGAUCGUGUCCGCGGUCUUGUUUGUAAGAAUUGGACAACCUAGAAAUGAGGACUAAUAGCAGAAGACAUUCCAGGAUGUCUUCUGAAUACUUGCACAGUUUCUUCACCUUUUCCAAAGCAGUUCUUACUGUUUAUUUAGUGAUAUGACCCCCAGUGAACAUUGUGCUGCUUAUGUAGUUUAAAACAAUAUAAAACCUUAUUUAAGCUUCAUAAACUUUUUUUAUUUUUAAAAAACAGACAUGGGUAGAUUCAAUCAAACUAACACAUAUAUAGGACAACUAACAAGUCUGAACAGUGCAAGUUACCUUCUUCAGUAUAUUUGUUCUGUAUCAUAUGAAACUUCAUAGGAGCCCUUGAUUUAAAAUGCAUUUACUUUGCCCUGCACUGAAAAAUGUAAUUGCCUUAAAACAGAUUAUUUUUCCCCUUUUGUAUUCUGUUUAUCGUUGUAGGUCUGUUUUUAAAUAAUACCAAUAAAUCUGGUGGUACCUCUUCAAAUUGCCAACUAAAGAAAUGAAAGAACCCCUCUCUUCUGCACAACAGAAUGGAUGUUAUUUAUUUGAGAUGUCAUUCAUGCAUUGAUUUCCUUUGCAUCUUUUUCAUACAGUAAUUUAUAGAUUCUGUUACAUGAGUGAAUACAAACAUGGUCAUUUUAGCCACCAAAUAUUCAAUAUUCAAAUAUUAGUCUCACCACUAAUUUAUAUUAAAAACAAAGGUUUCUAGCUUUUUAAACUGCAGCUUUAACUUUUUAAAUUGUAUGUAUCUGUGUAAGUCUUUGUAAUAUUUGUUAACAAAAUACUUAAUAAACGUUUGUUAUAUAUUGCA